CCAGCCGAGAAAAUCCACCUCCAAGAGCUCCAGACCCCGCACAGCUUGGAUUAAAGCAACCUACUGCUCCUGUCCGUGGAUCUCAGCCAGUACGGAUUUCCCCCCACCGUUCUUUUUCUUCUUCUUCUUUUUUUUUUUUACUGUUGCCCCGAGAACUUUUACGCACUGGAUUACGCGUCCGUUUGUGGGGUUCAGCCAGGUCGAUCAGUGCAGGCAAUUUGUGACACGUGGUCGCGCUUUCACCUGUUCCUCUCUGUGUCGGGAACGCGCAGCCCAUUUGCUGCCCCCGCCCAUCUGUCCCUCCACCGGUCAGGACAGCUGUUAAAGGUUGCCCGGCGGUCAUCACUCACCCCGUCUCGUCUGUGCCAUCCACACCGGAAGACCGGAGCACGCCGCCGCCGCCGAUGCCAGUAGGAGUGACCGCUGACUCUUUGACUCUGGACAGCAUCCAUCAGGUUCACUGCGUAGAGGGAGAAUCUCCUGACUGUCGGACUGGCUCAGACCGAGCGAGGAGACCGUCUUCGGGCCAAGUUCCAUAGUGGAGGGGGGAAGCAAUGUGGCCCCUUCUUUCCACGUUGACCGUCUUAUGUAUCCAGAUGUUACUGGUGAUGUGCAAUCCCUUGCAGCAGGUACUUGGCGUGGAUGGAGUCAACUUCAGCGUGCACGUGGAGAACCAGACGCAGGUGCGAGACACCAUGAGCCGGAGACACCACCGAGUCUACCAGCUCUACAGCCGUACCAGUGGCAAGCACGUCCAGGUGCUGGGACGCAGAAUCAGCGCCAAGGGAGAGGACGGAGACAAAUAUGCCCAGCUUGUAGUGGAGGCAGACACCUUUGGUAGCCAGGUGAGAAUCCGAGGCAAAGAAACCAACUUCUACCUGUGCAUGAACCGCCGCGGGAAGCUGGUGGGAAAGAAGGCCAGUAACCGAAGCGCUGACUGCGUCUUUGUGGAAAUGGUCCUGGAAAACCACUACACGGCUCUGAUGUCGGCGCGCUACUCGGGCUGGUAUGUCGGCUUCACCAAACGGGGGCGUCCUCGCAGGGGGCCCCACACGCUCCCCAACCAGCAGGACGUACACUUUAUGAAACGCUUCCCACCGGGGGAACAGCCUGACCUCACCACACCCUUCCGCUUUACAACCAUCAGCAAGCGGGUCAAAAGGGUCCGCGCCACCGGGACACGCUAGCAGCGGCUAACCCUGGCACCCGCUGUCUUGACGAGCAAAAGCCUCACCCUGAGCCUCCAAAUGGCUAACCCAGUCAUCUCUUCUGUUGCACUCGACUGAACGUCCAUCCCUUUGUUGUGACAAAUAUUGACCAGAGAAGCGAUGAAUCAUUAAUGGGGUUCAGCUCUAAGAAUCCUAAUUAAACACUCCAAGCCCCCGGUUAGGCAUCAUUUCUCUAACUUUUUGUUCCCUUUACUGGACCAACUGGACUGUAUCUCCAGUAAUGCUGGAAACUCAGAAAGAAGCGAAAGAGAGCCUUCAGGUCGGUCAAGAGUCUGAGGCAGGACAGCCUUGAUUCCGCCAUCACAUAACCCCACAAAACCCGUCUGCUGUCAAUCGUGGGAUUUUAACUGGACCAUACAGAGAGAGCAUGGCUGGGAAAAGACUUGCCGAACAAGACAAUGAGCGCUUAGCCGACUGACAAAGGGAACAUCAGAACAUGAAAAACGUUCCAGCGGACAAAGAGACAGAACGAUCCGCACGGAUCCAGAGGACAUAUAAUGGACUGCUGACAUGUGAUGCACUUAUCUGUCUCACCACCGAACUCGCGGGGACCUGUGAGACUGUUGGACGGGACGGCAGGACGCUAACCAGAAGGAUGAAUGGGGAAAUAUUAGAGUGACUGACAUUGAAUAUAUGCAUGUUGUUGAGAGGAUGACAAGAAAACGUGUAUCGCAUGAGUGCUUGGAGAUCAAGUCACAAGGGGUUCUGUGCGGUCCCUGCACGAACCGGGACGACUCAACGCAAGGGACCGAAGCUUUACGAACAGGAAUGUACUAAACAGACCAAGCCGCACCAAAUCCUGCCAACAAAGCACUGCAAACCAAACCAACUGCGACCAAAGACAACUGGGGACCUUCUUUAUGAUUCCUCCUCUUUCUAUGCCCCUCCCCCCCGAGGACACUACAUCCACAGCUUUAAGGUGCAGAAGGUGAUGAGUGCUUGGCUAAGCCCAGUGGGGAGGGCGCCUUCUCCAAUAGCAUUGCUAUAGAAACGACCCAGGGGGACGAUGCUCCUGUGAGAUACCGUUGAUACAGAGUGCUGCUACCAGGACAUUCAGUGGAACAACCCAAAGUCUCAUGCAUACACACAGGGAAAGAAGAAUUAAAGGGAACAAUUUAUUGAAAGUAUAAAUAUAUAUAUAUUAUAUAUUAAAGAAAGACAGAAACGUAAAUAAGCAAUCUUACUAUGAUGGUUACUAUAAUUAUUACGAUAAAAUUAUUUCAUUUAUUUAUUUCAGCUCUGUGUGCAGCGGUCUUUCUUGACUCAGUAAACCUUUCAGAAACAUC